AAUGCUACUGAUAUCAUGAACACUCGCAGGAAUCCGUAAUCACUUCUGACAUGGGGUAUGCGACUGCAAGGACCACCAUGCAGGCGAGUGCACUAAGAAGGAGAUAGCGUUGCAUGUUUGAAGUUAAGAGGAACAAAGGUUUGCUUAACCCGUUAGACCUUGAAAUAUGACGUGGCAUGACGUUCAGUUGAACUACCAUGAAGCACUUUGUCCCUUCAAUUUUGAAACGAGUUCGGGGUGAUGCGGCGACCAGCAGAUAUCUAAUAACAUAUGUGGGGACGGAAUUCGAACGUUUGAUCUCGCGGAAGCAAUUCGCGUGACUCCCCUGUCUGUGCUCCACAUGCUGGCGAGCUUUUUAUAUGCGUGCGUUGUUCGCUUAUCUCUAUCCCUCCUUUUGCAAUACGCACCGGAGCAAACUCCAGACUACAUCGCGAUAUGGUGCGAAAUGCGGGAGUCAACAUCACCGCUCUUCAUCGCAGAUUCAAAUCCCUCAUACCGGAGAGAUACAUCGCCUGCCUUGCCAUCACCUUCUCUUUCAAUCCAGUGCGUUAAAGCUGGACCGUAAAUUGCAAACAGUUUCCCUUGCGACCUGGUUAUGCGACGACAUUCAACGGGUAUCAAGGGCUGACGUUAGAGAAGCCACGCUUGACCUGCGCGCAGAUUCAUUCGCACACGGACAGCUGUACACCACACUUUCAAGAGUGCGAUGUUGGCAGGACGUUCGAACGUUAUUUGCAAGAUAAGAAGAAAAAAAGACAACAG